CUCGGGAGGGCUCUCACACACACAUUUCCUACACACACUGUUCCGUGCUGACGAGCGGGGGAGAUAUGAGAACGGGGCGUCCUCCCUCUCAACUCUUCUAAAAACACACUGGGCGCUUCUUGUAAGGUUACCGCCGGAGAUCUGACACACACUCUUUCAAAAAGACAUACAAACACAAACUCAUCAGGGGGAGACGAACCAGCUGAGAUUUGUUUUCAAACUGUCCCCCGAUGGCUGCGUGACAGGUCCACUAAACGCGCAAGAAGACCCACACGGUUCCAGGAUUUGGACUGCUUCACGCAUCUCUGUCCCUGUCUUGAGUCGUUUUUUAAUAUCGUGUGUUGGGAACUCCGUUCAAUCAUGGAUACCUACAGCUCCUUCACCGCUCUACUUUUACUUCUGGCUUCGUUAAAUAGUGUGUCAACCGUGCAGUUCCCGUCGCCACUUCUGAUAAAGGAAUGGGUGGAGCAGAUGCAGCAGGAGCUGGUCACACUGACGGACACAGCCAGCGGAGUGCAGAAUCUCAUACAGAUCUUCCAGAGCCACAGGAAGUACUUCAGUGUGGGGUCCAACGAUGCCAGCCAGCUGGUGGCUAAUGCAGCGGGGAACAUCGAGAAUCUCCUGGCCAACCGUUCUCGUGCUCUCAAGACCCUGGCAUCCGCUGCAGAGGAUUUUCAGAUGUGGCAUCGGUGGAAGAAUGAUCCUGAGCCUGAUGACAUCCAUUACUACUAUGCCAAAGAAAACCUGGACUCAAAUGAUACAGAGGUCAAGAAGCCAAACCGGCUUUAUCCAGAGUUUAAGGAAGACGAGCAAUUUAGACGCCUCAUCUCUUACAACACCACAGCAGUCCACAUACCCACGGACAUAUACGAGGGCUCCACCAUUGUGCUGAAUGAGCUGAACUGGACAGACGCAUUAGAGGCCGUGUUUAGAAAGAACAAGGAAGAGGAUCCUACUCUACUGUGGCAGGUGUUUGGCAGCGCCACCGGAUUGGCUCGCUACUUCCCAGCAUCCCCUUGGAUGGACUCGCGAAAAACGCCCAAUAAGAUUGACCUCUACGACGUCCGGCGGCGACCGUGGUACAUUCAGGGGGCGGCGUCUCCUAAGGACAUGCUGAUCCUAGUGGAUGCGAGUGGCAGUGUCUCUGGUCUCACCCUCAAGCUAAUCCACACCUCUGUCAACGAGAUGCUGGAGACCCUGUCUGACGAUGACUACGUCAAUGUGGUCUAUUUCAAUGAUAAAGCGAUGAAGGCAGCGUGCUUUCAGAACCUGGUACAGGCCAACGUGAGGAACAAGAGGUUCCUGAAGGACGCUGUGCGGAACAUCUCAGCCAAGGGCAUCACCAACUAUAAAGGCGGCUUCGAGUUGGCCUUUGAGCAGCUCUCAUCGUUGAACGUGACCCAGGGCAGGGCGUUGUGUAACAAGAUCAUCAUGCUGUUCACUGACGGAGGAGAGGAGAGGGCCCAGGAGAUCUUCCAGAAGUAUAACGCUGACAAAAAGGUGCGGAUAUUCACGUUCUCAGUGGGCCAACACAACUAUGACAAAGGACCAAUCCAGUGGAUGGCCUGCACCAACAAAGGGUACUAUUAUGAAAUCCCGUCCAUCGGUGCUAUCAGGAUCAACACUCAGGAGUAUCUGGAUGUACUGGGAAGGCCCAUGGUCAAAGCAAACAACAAGGCCAAGCAGGUUCAAUGGACCAACGUUUACCAGGACGCACUGGAGCUGGGUCUGGUGAUCACAGGAACACUUCCAGUCUUCAACAAGACCAACACCAAAGCUGACAAAGAGAGGGGACUACAGAGGCCCCAAAACCAGCUGAUCCUGGGAGUGAUGGCUAUCGAUGUGUCUCUGGACGACAUCAAAAGAUUAACACCGAGAUUUACAUUUGGACCAAAUGGUUAUUACUUUGCCAUUGACCCCAACGGUUACGUCUUGCUGCAUCCCAACCUCUGCCCAAAGAAUCCUAAAUUUCAGGAGCCUGUAACUCUGGACUUCCUGGACGCUGAGCUGGAGGAUGAGAUUAAAGUAGAGAUAAGAACAAACAUGAUUCAUGGAGAAACCGGCCACCGCACCGUACACACACUAGUGAAGUCCCAGGAUGAGCGGUACAUAGACCGAAGCGAAAGAUCGUACACAUAUGCCCCUGUAAAGGGUACAGAUUACAGUCUAGCCUUGGUCCUUCCAGUGUACAGCCUGCAUUACAUCCACACUACUAUCGGAGACACCAUCACCCAGGCCAAAUUGGAAUUGGGGGACGAGGUCUCUGAAAGCCUGCAGGAAGACAAGUUUGAGGAGUAUGGAUACACUCUCAUUGCACCAAGGGAGUACUGUAAGGAUCUGAAGCCGUCUAAAAACAACACAGAGUUCCUGAUGGACUUCAACGAGUACAUCGACAGGAAGACUCCCAACAACCCACUGUGCAACGUGGAUCUGGUGAACAGAUUGUUGCUGGACGCUGGCAUCACAUCAGACCUUGUUAAGCAGUGGAGGGAUCAGAUGCCAAAUGGAGUCCUGGCCAGGUUUGUGGCCACUGAUGGAGGAAUCACUCGCAUUUAUCCCAAGAGUGCUGGACUAGACUGGACAGAGGACCCAGAGACAUACGAGUCAAGCUUCUAUAAGAGAAGUCUGGACAAUGACAUCUACAUCUUCACACCAACACCCUACCAGGAGGACACCAACAUGACUGAGGACUCAGUCCUGGUGAGCAGAGCAGUGAACCUGGACAUUGAUGGAGUCAGACUCAAACCAGCAGUUGUGGGAGUGAAACUGGACAUCAAUACCUGGAUGACCAACUUCAUCAAUGCUACUCUGAAGAUGAACUGUAAGGACGAGAUCUGUGGUUGUCAGAGGAAUGAUGAGCAUGUGGACUGUGUCAUCCUGGAUGAUGGGGGAUUCCUAGUCAUGGCCAAUCGGGAUGAAUACAUCGGUCAGAUCGGCCAGUUCUUCGGGAUGAUCGACCCUAUCCUCAUGGUCAACCUGGUCAACAUGUCUCUGUUCACGCUCAACAAGACGUACGACUACCAGUCGGUCUGCGACCCCAAGAGGGAGAGCAAAGGGUCCGCGGCGGGCCUGCGCUCAGUCUACGUGCCCACCAUAGCAGACAUUUUGAACGUUGGAUGGUUAGCAUCAGCAGCAGCCUGGUCGAUACUACAGCAAUUAUUGGUUAGCAUAGCAUUCCCUAAUUUCCUGCACGCAGCAGACACUGAUGACGAAAUACCUGACAUGUCCAAGGAGAGCUGUAUCACGGAGCAGACUCAAUACUUCUAUGACAACGAGGAAAAGUCCUUCAGAGGAACACUAGACUGUGAAAACUGCUCCAGGAUGUUCCAUGCUGAGAAGCUGUGGAAGACCAACCUGGUGUUCGUCAUCGCCGACGCCAAGCUCACCUGCAUGUCAUGUGACCACAAGCCCUUAAUACAGGCCGAGCAGCCUUCUGAGGGACCAGACCCAUGUGAAAUGGCUGAGAAACCAAGGUUCCGAAAAGGUCCAGAUGCCUGUUUCGACAACAACGAGAGGGAGGAGGACUUUGACUGUGGUGGGGCGUCCGCUCUGAGCCCGUCCCUGUUGGCCAUGGUGGCGCUGCAGCUGGCCCUGCUCUGGCUCCUGGCCGGCUCAACUCACCACGCCGUCCCCUCGUGACCUCUGAAGACCUCGGUUGCCCCCGGCAACCGGCAUGCAACGCCGCCUCAAAACGCCGAACGCUAAAACAAAAAAACAUCUGAAACCACUUCCUGACAGAUCUUCUUUUUGGGAUAUUUGCGUUUUUCAAGGGUUUCGUUACAUUUCUUCACCCAGGGGUGGGAGAAAGUGAGGAAAGUUAACAUCGGCGGGAUGUAAAAUAAAUUCUAAGCGAGAACUUUCAUCCCUGACCCCUGACCCCUGGCUUUUCCCCUCCAGCCAUCUGAGCUUCCAGCCAUCUGAGCUAGGGAGAUCGAGGUGAUUGAGUGGUGAACUUUGACCUUUGUUUGGCUCGACGAUGACAACCCUGCAAAUGCUACAGGUUGGACUGCCUUACAGUGCCAGGGGGAAAGUGAAAGGACUGCCUCUUCAUUUUGGGUUCCUUUUAGUUUUUUUUUUUUUUUUUGUGAUGUUCUAAAAGAGAUCCCCGUUGAUUUGUAUUCAACACUGCCAGAAACAGUGCUGCCCUUCACAACAGUCCCGUUGUGUUUGUCACAAAGUUAUUUAUUUAUUUCUAAACCUUUUGCAGUGGCUUGUUACUCAGUAUUGAAAUGUGUGUUUGUUUUGUUCAAGUUGCAAUAAGUUGUUUAAUAGGAAGUCAGAAAUCAGAAUGUUUUUUAUUUUACACUGGGGUGCUGUUGGCAUUAUUCUGUUCGUUUCAACUCCCAUUUAAAAGUAGCAACACGUUUACAUUCACGCUGCUGUCCUUGUAUAGAUGUGGUGUACAACGAUCAUAUUCAUUCACAUACAUGUGGUCACAUAUGAACCCUUUUGCCCCAACUUACUAUCUCCUGUUUGAAGUGAUUGAUCCCUUUCUGUUUGCGGUCAACCACUUCUCCCUCAACCUUGACCACAAAUGGUCAAUGUCGGGUCCUACCAUCUUGGUAUCUGGUCCCUCUGAACUAACCAUCAUUGCCAAAGUGCAAUUGACCAAUCAGGGCACCCCGGCUGGCCUCUAGUGCGCUCAUUGGUCUAAUCUCUAGUGCCAUGUUGAUUCUUAGUCAGACAAACCCUUUAGCUUUAUUUAUUUGACUGUGUGGCUACUGACCUGAAGGAAACUUGAUGUGUUUGGUAUUUAUUUGACUGUGUGGCUACUGACCUGAAGGAAACUUGAUGUGUUUGGUAUUUAUUUGAAUAUAUAAGUUUGUUUUUGUUUUUUAUUAGGAUGAAGGGCAUAGCUGCAUGCUAGUGUGUAAUGUUGGCUUUAAUGCCAUUAUUUUUCUGAUUGAUUUCAAUGCGUCAAUGCAAUGGAUAUAAAAUGAAGAGAAAGAGUAGGAGGGAUGUAGGAAAUGUAGACUUGGUACAUGACAGUUUAUUUGUGCUUGCUCAUGUCUCACUUCUUGAUUUAAGUAUUGUUGAAUACGUGACUUGCAACUUCAAGGAUCUGUCUUUCUCACAAUGUUCUGCCCGCUAUUGAAGAGAACAUUUCCCCAAAUCAAAAACCAUUGCACCUCGUUGCAAAGUCAAUUUCCCCCUCAAAACGUAAAUUGCUUUAAGACCUAUUGGAAAUGUCGAUCAAUACACUCCAAUCUAAAUUCAUUCAUAUCAGUGUGGAUAUCAGUCCUGUUGUACUUUCUUAGUUUUUGUGUGCCUUGUGGUUCUGGUACUUUAAUAACUUUAUGAAUUAGAGAUUCAAGACAGAUUGACAAUAGGAUACUGUCUUUCUGAGUGUACUAUACUAUGGUAUACACCUGCUAACUCAUUUCCCCACAAGAACAGCUACCAACAUACUACAUGAGAAAUAACAGAAAUGUGCCUCGUUUUAUUCAGGACCAAAUCUGGACCCGUCAAUCAUCCUGGCCAAACGAUGCAGUGGAAUAACUUUGAGUGAAAGAGACAUAAGGUUAAGUUUCUUUAUUCAGCGUUGUGGAAAAACGGUUUUAUUAAAACGCGGUUUUAUUAUCAUGUCAGAAUAUCAACAAUUCCUCUCUAAAUGGAUUGUAUUCGUUUAAUUUUUGAACAUGGUUCACAAGAGGAACAUGGUAGACAUGCUGUGCUUUAAAAAAACGUUUUUUUUCUUUGUGAUGCAAUUCAGCUCGACUGGGACGUGAUCUGAUGGUCGAUUUAGUGUUACUGAUCUGUUGUAGAGAAAAUAUAGAGGUGUUCCUGGCACUGAAUUGACCUCUUAAGCACUAAACAAGAUCAUUUCAGACAAUCGAUUCGAUAACAAUUGACAAUCAUUGUUUCCGAUAACUUGCUUAAGACUAGUAUUAGUAAUACUUCAUUGAAUUAAUUGCUGUAAAUGAAAACGCAAACAACUGCCAAAACAGGGACUUUAAAGGAGCCUUUGGGUAAUGUCAGAAACAUUCACGCAUUGUUUCCUUUGAAAACCGAGGCAUAUGGACUCAGGAAACCACAUAGUCUAUUCAGUGUAGAGUUUGGAAACUACAUGAUUACGCUGUGUGGUCUCUAGUGCCAUUCAAAUACUUCUCCCACACCUCAUUAUCAUUGCUUAAAUUAUAAUUACAAAGCGUUCUUACGUCAACCAGAAUAAAAUCCAUCUGGACUUUUUCAAUUUCUCUGAAACACUGAAGAGGAAGGGGACUUUUGUUAUGAUCCCAGUCUUAAGCUAUGAUUAUUUGCCAAUAUGUUAUGUGGCGAAACUCGAGUACCAUCACCAAAGGCGAACUGCUGUCAUGUCCGAAACUAUACGAGGGGUCUGAGGUGACAUUUAGGGUCCCGUAUUGGUUGUUUCAAUGUUCUGUGGGGAAACUAACUAACAUCCUGUAUUUAAGACCCUCAAUAUCUAAGAACAUUCAAGAAUAUCAAGUGCCAUAGGACUCUCUUUCUCUGUUUACCGGGAAACCUAUUACUAACGUUUAUGCAACGUUUAGGAUUGAAUAAGUGCAAAUCUCAUCUAUUUUCCCUGUGUUGCAUGAUAAUGCCAUGAUACUGUAUCAGUGGCAGGCAAUGAGAUAAAGUACCCUCUUUCUUCUCCUGCUUUGGUGUGUAUUGUUGGGAUGGGAAGCAUAAUACCGUGGGUUUGUUGGGUGUUUGUUUAUGAUAUGAUAACGAUACAGCUUCUACUGCCUUUCUCUUGAGGAGACAGCAUUUGGUACCGCCCUGGUCUGAGUGAGCGCAGUGGCCUAGCGGUUAGAGCGUUGGGCCAGUAACCGAAAUGUCACUGGUUCGAGCAAGGCACUUAACCCUAAUUUGCUCCAGGGGCGCUGUACUACUAUGGCUGACCCUGUAAAACAACACAAUUCACUGCAGCUCUCCGGUGUAUGUGACAAUACAUAUCUUUUCCUCUGUCACAGGUUGUCACAUUCAAGACCAGGCUAGACCCUUGGGAAAUGGUGUCUGGUUAUUUCAUGCCACUCUAAGGGCUAAAAUCAGAUGCUGUCACCUCAGGAAUAACAUAUUAGCAGAGUGAUUGGAUGUGUUUUUUGAUGCUGUGGUGCUCUCUGUGUGGAUUGUGUGGGUUAUGCUUUUUCUGGACUCUUUUUUUGUUAUCAUGAACUCUCAGUGUGUUUUAAGGGGAGUGUUCCAUGCCUGCAACACUAUGUCAGGCUAUUGGUGGGACCGCCCCCCAAUCUUUCUCUGCCAGCGUUUUCAUGGCAGACCAUUGGUGGACAUGUCCACUAAUAUCCCCUUGUCAGACUCCUUUUUGACAGGCUAUUGGUGGGCCUCCGCGUCAAUCUCCCUUGAUUGUGCUUUUAAGAUGUUACACUUUUGUGGAACUUGAUUCACCUGAAUCAGUCAUGUAUAAAUUUGUACGAUACUGUUAUUAUUCUCGGACGAAAGAAAGAAAAUAGUAAUGUUUAUAAUCCUGGAAAAUGCUUAUUCAUGUGCAAAUACAGUAUAUUCAGAAUAAAACUUUCUCAUUAGCUAUU